CCCUCCCCGUGCCUGGCUCCGGGAGGGGAUUGUCCGCCGAUUGACAGUUUGUGUGGCAAGAAAGCGGCGGAGCAAGGCCGAGCGGCCGGCCGAGGGAGGGCAAUUGCGAGGCAGGUGGAGGCGCCGCGUCUGAGGUCGAGCUUCCCUUCCGUUAGGCAUGUGCAUGAGAUAUGAGAGACAAUGUCAAUAAAAGACAAGAGCGACACUUUGGUUUAUUCCUACGAGUCCUCGGUACACAGUACUAAUGUACUGCUGAGCCUCAAUGAUCAAAGGAAGCAAGACCUUUUCUGUGAUGUGACUGUGAUAGUAGAAAACAAGCCCUUUCGUGCUCACCGUUCUGUGCUUGCUGCAUGCAGCGAUUAUUUUCUGUCAACUGUUGGAUGGACAAAAGAGCUUGACAUGCUUGUGACACUUCCUGAAGAGGUUACAGUUAAAGGUUUUGCACCGCUUCUUCAGUUUGCAUACACCGCCAAACUACUUCUGAACAAAGAUAAUGUGUUGGAUGUAUGUAGAAGCGUAGAAUUUCUUGGAAUUCAUAACAUAGAAAAAACAUGUUUUAGUUUUCUUCAAGCAAGGCUAUUUGGAAAGUUUAAAGAUCAUACAGAAUAUCCAAGAAAUGCCUGUUUUAUGUCCACUUGUCUGAAAACAAAUCUAAAAAUCCCUGUUGGUGACAAUGAAAAUUCUGAGAUUGAUGAUGAUGUGGAAGAAUUUCUUGAAUUUGACAAUCUCAAGAGUCCCUGUCCAAAGCUCCGUAAAUGCAUUGAAGUUAGGGAAAUUUGCCCUGAUGCUCAACAUGAGACAACUGACUCCAAGUAUACCUAUUUAAAACAGAGUGAAUGGGCCAGUUCAUUAUCUCUUUGUCCUAAGUACCGAAAAUUUCAGCUGGCCUGUGGAAAGGAACGAAAGCAAUCGUGGAGUAAUAAUUUGUCAUUACCAAAUUCUUCAUUGGAGCAAAUUGAACCUUGUCAAAACCCAACAUCGACAGUCGAGUCAGAAGAUGCACCUAUGCAACAGAUUGAAAAGGAUCAUGUUAGAUCAUCUAUGAUGGGUGAGAAUGGAAUCUAUAAUGAUGAAAAUACUGAAGUGAAGAACUCAAUGGAUAUACAUUACUCAGUAACACAAAACUUCUUAGCCGAAGAAUCAAAUGGGUCAGUGCAAAAUAUUUUGGAUACUCAACUAAAUUUUACUAAAGAGCAUUACAACUUGCCUUGCGCCCAGGCAGAACAACUUGUCCCUGAGACGAUGCAGUAUGACAUCUUGCAGAAGAACAGUGCUGCUGUUGCAAAUAUUGAAGGAACAACAAUUGAAAUUGGUCAAGGAUUUGAUCAGCAAAGUGCUUCAGAAAAAGGAGGGGGAGACUCUGAGAGAAAGUCAGUUAUUUUUAGCUCGAGUUGUUCUAAAAGGCAAAGUAUCAAUACAGUCUGCAGUGGUCAAAACGUUGUGGAAAGAGAAAUGGCAGGAUUCUGGAGUGAAACUAAUGAUACAAGGUCUAGCUGUAAGGAUGAAUCUUUUAUUGAAGAGAAUGAUUGUUCAAAAGAACUCAAUGAAGUGAGAAUUUCUCUGUGCCCACAGUUUUCUAUAGAUUCUUGCCAAACCCUUGAAGAAAAUCAAAACACUCUACUACUGCACUAUACCUCUUCAGCAUCACACCUGUCUGGUUCUAACCGGUCUUCAAAGUGCCCAUUUAAAUAUAACACUGUAAGUUCAGUAUGUUCUAGCAGCUCAGGUUUAGAGGAGCUUGAAAAUGACCAAGGACAUCAGCAAGGCAAAUAUGAUGACACCUGUACUACUAAUUCAGGAGAUGAUUUUGGCUCUGAAUCAGAGGAUGACAGUGAGUCGUGUUCUGCUAGAGAACAAGAUUGUGAGGUGAAACUACCAUUUCCUGUUGAAAGAAUUACCCUGUUAUCCAGAAAUGAUUUUCAAACAAUGCUGAAGCUGCAUAAACUGAAUCCAGAGCAAUUGGAUUAUAUCCAUGAUAUACGACGUCGUAGUAAAAACAGAAUUGCAGCUCAACGAUGUCGAAAACGGAAACUUGAUUGCAUUCAGAACUUGGAAUGUGAAAUACACACAUUGCUUUGUGAAAAGGAGAAGUUGCUGGAAGAGAAGGGCCAAUUAAAGCUGUCUAUGGGUGAAACCUGGAGUAAUUUAACAGGCCUCUGUAAGCAGAUAUGUAAAGAAGCAGCCCUGACCCCUGAACAAAUUCAGACACUAGCGAAGUACUCCUCCCCAGAAUGCCCUCUUUCAGUGCUGAACACCCAAAGAAGUCAUGGCUCCAUCACUCAUACAAAUCUGAUUAAUGCACAUCCAGGAUAUUCCAAGGGUUUAAAGGGUAUGGCAUGUAUUGGUGAGCAAGGCUCUGGUCAACAGCUUCGAGAAAAAACUUUGAAUAUUCCCAGCAGUCCACGAGAAGGGAUUACAGCAGAUUCAUCUAAAACUGAACAGUGCAGCCAAAAUGUAAUGACUGAUUUCUGUCAAGAAAUGAUAGACAAGUGUACCACAGAUGAGUAAUCAUGCUGUAUUUUACAAUUUCAAUAGGAACUAGUACACUUUAUAGAGCUCAAAAUUCAUCUACAAGAGCCAUGAAGUACAGUUGAUACAGAAGAGCAAUGCAAAUCUUAUGCAUUUGAUCUACAUGGACUAGAAACUGCGAUGUGUUUUAUAAUGUUCCUUUUGAAUUUAUAGUACAUGUUAUUACAUGUGAAAUUUACGCAAGUUUCAAAAACUUGAGGGGAAGGACUUGUAUUGGAGCAAUCCAUAAAUUCCACUCAGCAUCUCAAUAACUUAAACAUUUCACUAAAUUUUAAACACCCUUCAUCAGACAUUGGGUUGCUAUGUCUGUUCUUUGCAUGUUUACGUGAUGAGAUACCUUUUCAUUCUCAACACUUUAGAAUCUGUCUUUUCAAUUUUUCAAAAAAACAGUGCCAUGUCCUCUUUGAGGUAUUGUACAAGUCCAUGAACGUGAAGUUUUGCAUUAGUGAAGUUUUAUAACUAAACACUAAUUUGUUUCCUGAGCGUUGCACAUAUGCUCAAGCACUAUUCAAGGGCUUUCUUUUGCCAAGUUAAAUCAAAUCUUUCACAACACAGCGAAUUCCUAAUAUGUGUAAAUGUAUAUUGCAAAUAAAGUCAAUCCUUGAUCCUUCACACAAUAUAGAAUAUUGUGAUAGUGGAUAGAUUGUUCUUCUAAAGAGACAGCACCAUAGGUUAAGUGUCUUCUAUAUUCAGAGAUGAUGUUUUUCCUCAGUAGUCAUAUCUUUGAAAUUUUGACCCAUUAAGUUCAUUUUACCUGAUCAGUGCAGGAUCCUGUGUGCCCUUUUGUCAGCAUUCUUUUGUGGAUUGAGUAGCAUUAAUGUAUUUACUACUAUGAAACUUUAAAAAUUAGCAAGUUGGGAACAUCAUGCAUUGCAUCUAACUUAAUUUGUUAAUCUUUGGUUUAAUUAUAGCAAGUAAUUAUAGACUAUCUUUUUUAUUCUCUGGAAAUCAUGGAAACAGAAUCAAUACUUUCUAAUAUUUGGUGCAGAAAGGGUCAAAACAAAGCUCUGACCAUGUCUUCAAGCAGAUUUGUGUUAUAUUCAUGGCCUGGAAAAGAUGAGAAUAUGAUUGAGGUGAUAGCUUCUUCCCGGUAUCUCUUAACGCUAUCUCAACCCAUUCUCAAAAGGGGUCUAUAAUUAUGGGUUGGUGGUGGUGUUUAUAUAUACAUUCAAUGGCCACUUUAUUAGGUACAGGAGCGGAACCCAAUGUGGUCUUCUGCUGUAGCUCAUUCACUUCAGGGUUUAACGUGUUGUGCAUUCAGAGAUGCUCUUCUGCAUCCGCUGUUACAGCGUGUCGUUAUUUGAGUUACUGUCUCCUUCCUGUCAGCUUGAAGCAGUCUAGCCAUUCUCCUCUGACCUUUCUCAUUAACAAAGCAUUUUUGCUCACAGAACUGUCGUUUACUGGAUGUUUUUUAAUUAUCCCACCAUUCUCUUUGAACUCUAGAGACUGUUGUGCGUGAAAAUCACAGAUCAGCAGUUUGAGAUACUCAAACCAUCCUGUCAGACAGCAUCAAUCAUUCCAUGGUCAAAGUCACAUGGAUGACUUUUCGUCCCUGUUUUGAUGUUUGGUCUGAAUAACAAAUGUACCUCUUGACCAUGUCUAUUUUGAUGUUUGGUCUGAACAACAACUGCACCUCUUGACCAUGUCUGCAUGCUUUUAUGCAUUGAGUUGCUGCUACAUGAUUGGCUGAUAAGGUAUUUGAAUUAACAAACAGGUGUACUUAAAGUGGCCACCGAGUGUGUGUGUGUACACAAUAAGUAUGUGUGUGUGUAGAUUUAUAGUUCUUAUUAUGUAUUGCAAUAUACUGCUGCCACAAAACAACAAACUUCAUGACAUAAGCCAAUGAUGUAAAAACUGAUUUUGAUUCUGCCCCCUAGUCCUGGACUCCCCCAUGAUAGGAAACAUCCUCUCCGUGUCCACUCUAUCUAGGCUUCAAUGAGAUAACCCCUCAUUCUUCUAAAUUCUGGCAAAUACAGAUCCAGUCAGUGUGGGACUCUACAGCCACAACAGACGCUGCUCUAACACAGACUGAAGCAAGACUUUCCAGGGGCAGAUCCAUGGUCUCACGAGACUAACGGAUGCCACCAUACAGAUCCAGUGCCAUCAAACGCUCCUCAUAUGUUAACCCUUUUAUACCUGGCAUCUUUCUUGUGAACCUCCUCUGGACCCUUUCCCAUGCCAACAUAUCCUUUCUUAGAUAAGGAGCCUUUUUCAUAAUAAAGUCUUCCUCUUCACACCAGAAACAUUUCCAGUCCAGUCCAGAUCUGUUUCGUGGAAAGUAAUCCCAGAUCCUUGGAUUUGUUUUUAGGCAUGCACUUUUUUAAAAACUUGAAAUAUUUCAAAAGAGGGUAAAAAUAUCAGAGCAUUAUCAAAUGUACACCUGGAUAAUUUCUGGGUUUUAUAGGGCAGCCAUGGAAAUCCCUUAUCGUGUAGAACUCUACAUUCGUUCAGAAAAGACAUUAACCAAUAAUAUUUACUGCAGUAGUACAAUAGAACAAUAAUUACUGAGUGGCUUAAGUUAAUUGAAAUAAGAUGCCUUUAUCAAUAUUACUUGAAAGUGAAUCAUUAAAUAUUUUAUGCCUGGUUUAAUUGUGCUGCUCCUAACCAUACAAUCUGCAAAUUAUUGACAAACUCUGUAUCAUUGUCUUACUGUAUGAUAAAGUUAACUAUUUGGUUUCUGUGUACAGCAGUCCUUUAGGAAAAUUUCCCUAUAUUUUUCCCCAUGCAUCAGAAGCCAUUUAUUCUAGCCAAUAUCUUGACUACCUCAGUGUUGAAGGAAUACAUCAAAAGAGGCAAUGGUAUAACAUUCUACCCAAAUGUCUCUCAGUACUUCUCCUAGGGACAAUCAAGCUUCAAGUUGCAUACCUUUCUUAUUGAACAUGAUUGAUCAUAAAUCACCACCAUGGGUGAAAGAAAAAUAAAGAGUUGCUUAUUAGGGCAGCAGUGUUAUUUUAUUUUCAGUGGACCACCUAGCUCAGCAUUAUUGUCAGGGAUUAUCUAACAUAUUAACAGUAUUCUUAUUUUUCUUUAUUGUUGCCCUAUAAGGAACAAUGUAGGAUGACAAUUUUUUAAAAAUGUAAGAUGCUUUUGAGAUUCAAUUCAAUUAUAGGCAAACAGUAAUGCCUCCAAUAUAAUUUGCGAAUAUCUAUCUGAGUGAUCCUUUAAAGUUAGGUUGGCAUUGGUAUAUGUAUUUGGAUACAGGAAGCCUGUAUUUGGAGGAUGGAAUUAAUCAGAAAGGUAUGGAAAUAGAAACAAUUUGAAGCGUUUAAAGAUGUUUUUAUAUUUCUUGGGAGUACAGUAGAGGGCGUCUGAGAUCAAUUCCGAAUUAAAGUUAAUACUCUUAAAAUUCAGGGUGUAUUAAAAGAAAAUUAAAUGCAAAUACAAAAAUUUGUCUAUCAGUUAUCUCCGAAGGCUAACUUUCCUUAAUUUAUCUUGAACCACCUCCUCUUUCAAAACCAAGAUAUUGAAACAAAGAAUUCUCAUUUGUAUCAGCUCAGGUAAAACAAUUUAUUGCCCUUUAAGAAUUUCUUGAAUUAUCAAUCUAUUUUGUUAUUGUGGCUUUUCCAUUAAAUACUAAUGCUCUCAGUUAACUUGCUGUUCGAUAAUGGGCAGAUGAUGUAAAUUCUGAAGAUUUAUUGACCUACCUACGGGGCACAUUAAACAGUGAAAAGAAACAGGACUUUUUGAAUCAAAUGUAGCUUGUAUAUUUUUUUACGAUAUUUUUGUUCACUGCAGUGUUGUAGUUUUAUACCACAUAUCUCAUGUUUAUAUAAUGGAUUAUAAUAAAAGCUGCCUCAGAAGGCAAUAGAUGUGCUUAUUUUUGGUAGACUGAGCCUUCAAAGGCAUUAUCAAAAUUUGUAUACUCUUAAGGAACAAGCAUAUUGAAAUAGUCCAGGAAAUUGUAAUUCACUGCAGGGAUAUGGGCUGCAUGAUUGAAAUCAAGUGUGUUCAACUUUCAACCUCACUAAAUAUGCAGUUUAUCAAAUUUACUGGCUCAAGCAUUCUGUUUCUGCAGAAUCUAAUUUCUCUGUGAGAUCUACAAAUCAGUGCAGAAUUUCUCCACAACUUUGAUAAUCCACCUUUUCUAUUAAUCAAAAGUACAAAGUUUUUGCGUUUCUGAUGUGCAAUUUUAUAAAAAUAUUUACAGAAAUGUAUACUAAAAUCCUUUUUUAAAAAAUUGUAAGCAUGUUGCUGUGAUUAAUAAUACUCCUUUGAAGCACUAAUGGAAGAUUAGCACAGUGAUUGUCUAAUGUCUGGUCCACUUAUUCAUAUUCAGAUUCUGUUUAUGAUUGAUGUGUUGAAUUAACCUCAAAUAUUUCAUUAUCUCUAAUCUUAUGUUUUUUUGACAUUGUACAGUUGUAUUGUAACUAAAUAUCCACUGCCAUUCUGUUUUUUUUUGUAUUGUUCAAACUUUAAGAUACAACAGUAAUUGUUUGGUAUGUUCUAGCUUUACUGAAUAUACUUGUUUGAAUUUUUAACAGACUUUACAAAAAGUGUAAAUAUUAAAAUGUGGUACAGUUGUUCAUCUCAAAAUGUCGUUUGUAAAUCUGAAGCCUUCAGACUAUGUAUUAGCCA